AUGUCGCUAGAAAAGCACCUGGACGGGUGUUGUUGGAUUAUUUUCGACCGGCGUUGCCUCUGGACCCGAGUGGCCUCCUGCUGGGAACCUGCCCUCCAUCCAGCAGCAGCGCCGGUAAUAACAUGGUGGUGUUUCAGUACGGCCUGCUGGACUGCCGCUUUACGCGCAUGCACUGACAUUUAUCCAUGCCUUGCCCAGGUUACUGCCAACGUUACUAGUUACAUGAAUGUGCUGACCUACAAGCCCACCCAGGGUGGCUUCUACCAGACUCCCUUCAAUCAGGCUAUUGUGUGCACCUAUACCAGACCUGCUGGCUGGACUCCUCCAGUAUAUAACCCUGCACUCGGGGAUGCCUCUGGAUUUGGGAAGCUGGAGUUUACCAUGGGGAUUAUGAAUGAUGACUUCUCAGCCCCACGCACCUCCAGUCUAUUCUUCCUGGGGUCCCCCAUCAACAUUGCAGCUGCAGUGAAGCAGCAAUUCCACAUGCCACUGAUGGUCUACAUGGAAGAGUGUGUCGCAGCAAGCACUCCAGAGCUGAGCCCUUCAAGCCAGACCUACCCGCUCAUCACCAACCAUGGAUGCUUUAUAGACGGCCAGGCUGGUAACUCUACGUUUCUGCCCCGAAUCCAGACCUCCGAGAUCCGUCUGGUUGUCCAGGCCUUCAAGUUUACACAAUGGAAUACAGAUGUCUACAUCCAUUGCCGGUUACUGGCCUGGGACCCUGCCCAGCUCAAUGACACCACCAAGAAAGCCUGUUUCAUUCAAACCGGGGUGGGGGGCGGCGAACCCCAGCUCUGCCACCCUCCACUCCAGAACAGCAGAGUCCUCUGUUGCACUUGCAUUGCCCAAGAAGCGGGCCCUAGCCCAUUCCCCACUAUCGUGGACACCGUCACGGCCACCAAGUUGUCUUAUUUGGAUGGUUUUAACCGGCACUCCAUCCUGCCCCCUGUUGUGACUGCUGAGGAGGGGCUGAGACACACUGCAGUGCUGGGACCCCUGAGGAUCCUUCCUGAGGAGCUGUCUGCUGGAAGCGAGGAAUUCUACCAGAGGAGCCCUGCUCCCUCACUGGAGGAGCCCCAGCAGGCUCUGGCCUGGCUGCCUGUCCUGGCUGCUCCACUGCUCCUUAUGGCUCUCCUGGGAUCCCUGUCUGUGGGUGUGGCAUCAUCCUGGACUUGGAGCAGAGUCCAGCAGUGA